UGGCCAAAGGUCAAUGAACAUCCUCAAGAUUCUGGAUGAAGUCUCUCAGAUCGUGCUCUCAUUAUAGCCAGAAAGGUUCACUUAUAAACCCACAAACUCCAUCUCCCACCCAUGUGCAUUCAUCUCUCAUUUUCUCUUUUCUUUCAUCUUCGACAUACUUCUUUUUGCUGGCCUUUUUUGGGUGCAACAAGGCAAUGGGUAUGGCUGCAGAGUCGCACUUUCAUGUUCUAGCUGUUGAUGACAGCCUCAUUGAUAGAAAAUGGAUUGAGAAACUCCUCAAAACCUCUUCUUUUCAAGUUACUGUUGUAGAUUCUGUGAGUAAAGCUCUUGAAUUCCUGGGUGUGCAAGAGGCAGAACAGGAAAGGAAAGUCAAUUUAAUUAUUACAGAUUAUUCUAUGCCUGGAAUGACUGGCUAUGAUCUCCUCAGAAAGAUCAAGAUGUCUAGAAGGAGCAGAAGAUUUCUUCCUGAAACCUGUUCAAUUAUCUGAUGUGAACAAGCUUAGACCCCACCUACUUGGAUGGAGGACACUUGUAGAGAUUUGAAGUUUGAAGCUUCACAAAAAUGCUGGAAAUUUGAAUGUCGAAUCUUCACAAAAACCAUAAUUAAUCAAGGGUUUGAGUCUUGAUCUCAAGUGGAAGAUGGAAAUCCUUGUAAGUUUCUAUUCCUUUGAGUGGGUGGUUUCACCUAACAUGGGGUCACAAUCGAGAGUCUUAUUGGGCCAUUCUUAAGGCUAGCUCCUAAGACCACAUGGUGCUCUACCAACGAAAGAGUGUUGAUGUGCUACAUUCGCCUCUCAAUAAGUGCCACAUCUCUUCAAUCA